AUGCGUUCGCUUGCUAUUCUGGCAAUUGCAGCGGCCGGCGCGUCGGCAGCGCCAACGUCGUCAUCGUGGACGAGCUCUGCAAAGGCUCUGUUGGCACAAAUCGACGCACUUUCGGGAAAUAUCAUCUCCGGAGGCGUAGGAGCAGCCGUCGAACGCGUCUUUGACCAUGGCGUCUCCAACAGCAACGACCGUGUUCAGAUCUCGUUUGUCGAGAAUGGCGGAGUAAAAUAUGAGCAAGUACAGCUCGCCUCGCUCAGGGACCAUUCGCUGCGCGUCUCGUCGACAAAAUCGACACUCUGCGACCCAAAGGUCAAGCAGCAUAGCGGAUAUCUCGACGUUACAGAUGGAAAGCAUCUCUUCUUUUGGUAUUUCGAGGCAAGAGACAAGCCAGAGGAAAAGCCCCUUGUUCUAUGGCUCAAUGGUGGUCCAGGUUGCUCGUCAUCCACUGGCCUCUUGUUCGAGCUCGGACCGUGCUCCAUUCGCCAAAACAGCUCGACACCCACGCCAUUCGUCUAUACGGAGCGCAAUCCUCACAGCUGGACAAACCAUGCAAACAUGAUCUUCCUCGACCAACCCACCAACGUCGGCUUUAGCUAUUCCAGCGACGGUUCGACAGUCAAUACGAGCCCAGUUGCCGCACAAGACGUCUACGCGUUCUUGCAGCUCUUCUUUGCCAAAUUCGAUGGACUCGCGAAAAAAGAGUUUCAUGUGGCCGCGGAGAGCUACGGCGGAACGUAUGCUCCCAAUAUCGGCAAAGUCAUUCAUGAGCAGAACCUCCAACUCCAGGCAUUGAAGGACAAGGAACUCUCAGCACUUUCCGUAGAAAAUGCAAACAUGGUUCAAGAUUUCAAAAAGGUCAACCUCAAGUCGCUCAUCCUCGCAAAUGGUCUCACCGAGCCAUAUACGCAAUUUGCGAGCAUCCCAGACUAUUUGUGUGAGGGUCCUUAUGCACCUCUUGAUCCUUCUGGUACACAAUGCGCGACACUCCGCACCAAAGUCCCCACGUGCCAAAACCUCAUCAAGCGAUGCUACGAAUCGGGGAGCCGGUUCAGCUGUGUUCCAGCCGGCCUCUAUUGCAACUCGCAACUCAUGGGCCCCAUCACCCAGCUCGGUCUCAAUCCAUAUGACCUUCGUCAAAAGUGUGAUCGUCAAAAGGACGGCGACUUGUGCUAUAAGCAAAUGAACUGGAUCGACGAGUGGCUCAACAAGGAAGAAGUCAAAAAGGAACUUGGUGUCCCAGACGAUCGCGAGUUUGAGAGUUGCAAUAUGCAAGUCAACCAAGCAUUCUUCUUCCAAGGCGAUGGCAUGCACAAUUCGGCCGCACUUCUUCUCCCACUUCUCAACGAUGGCAUCAAGCUCCUCGUCUACGCAGGCAACGCCGACGGAAUGUGCAACUAUAUGGGCAACUUUAACUGGAUGUUGGCCCUCGACGCGCACCCAUAUGCUGCAGAAUUCCGCGAGUUUUCUUCUCUAGACGGUGGCAAGAGAGUGCGGGGUGGUGAUGUCCGCGCUGCGCAUGGAGACAGCCUGAAGAAGGGCGCCGGUAGCUACGUCUUUGUAUCGGUUCACGAAGCUGGCCAUAUGGUUCCGUAUGACCAACCGGAGGCUGCAUUGGAUUUGAUCGACCGCUGGUUGAACGACAAGUCCUUGUCAGAGUGA